AUGGAGAUCGCCCCCGGGUCUUCCCAACCAUCUGCCCAGGCCACCCAGGUUGACACUGACGAACCUCCCACUCAUUCUCCACCUACCAGAAACUCGCAGUCCGAAACCAGCUUUGAAAAGAAUGAGGAAGGGCAGUCGACCAACCACAGCAAUAAUGAUGCUGGACCACAGCGACCUAUUACAGGAAUUCGCUGGCUUCUGGUGUGCCUGGCCAUCUUUUCGGCGAACGUACUUUACGGCCUCGACAAUACCAUUGUGGCCGAUAUUCAAGCAUCGAUUUCCGAAGAAUUCAAUAAUGUCAACCAGCUAGGCUGGCUUGGGUUUGGAUUUUGCUUGGGAUCAACCAUUGCGAUACUUCCACUCGGCAAAGCGUAUGCCAUGUUCGACACGAAAUGGGUAUUCAUAGGCUGUCUGGCUUCAUUCGCUGCGGCAAGUGCUCUUUGUGGUGCUGCACCAUCCAUGAAUGCGAUGAUUGUGGGUAGAGUGUGGGCAGGCACUGGAGGGGCUGGCAUGUACCUUGGCACACUCAAUCUUGUCACUACCUUGAGUACGCCGAAGCAACAGCCUUUAUAUGUGGGCAUUACGGGGCUCGUUUAUGGCAGCGGAUGUAUCUUAGGCCCUGUCGUUGGGGGUGCCUUUGCGGAUAGCUCUGCUUCAUGGAGAUGGGGAUUCUACAUAAACCUAAUAAUUUUUGGAGCCAUGACACCCAUUUACUUGUUCCUGCUCCCAUCUCUCCCCCGCUGGCCAGCAAUGUCAGUUAUGGAUAAAUUGAAAUCUCUUGAUUGGUUUGGAGCGGUUCUAAGCAGCGGCAUGUAUACUACCUUUGCGGUUGCCUUCUCGUUUGGAGGAGCAAUAUGGGCCUGGAGUGACGGUCGUGUCAUCGCCUUGAUCGUGGUAUCUGCGCUCCUUGCGGCGGCCUUUGCCUUAAGUCAGUACCUCGCAGUCUUUACCAACGAGAACGAUCGCCUGUUUCCGUGCGAGUUCCUCCGCAGUCCACAGCUUGUACUGCUUUUCGUAUGUAUGUCCUGCGGUGGAGCCUCUCUAUUCGUCUCGAUAUACUAUAUCCCGCUAUACUUCCUCUUCGUCCACGGUGACAGCGGUACUGAAGCAGCUGUCAGACUCCUUCCGUUUAUCUGUUUAUAUGUUGUCACUGUUGUUACUUGUGGUGCUAUCAUGGGACGAACCGGCUACCACAUAGUAUGGUAUCUUCUCAGCGGCAUUUUCAUGACAUGUGGUGGUGCCGCGAUGUAUACUGUUCGUGGGAACACAGCAGCUGCAAAUAUCUAUGGAUAUACUAGCCUAGUAGGCAUAGGAAUGGCAACUACUCAGGCAGGCUAUGCGAUCUCACGACACCUGGUGGAGCCAGGCCGAGUCCCUGAAGUCAUCCAGUUCAUGAAUAUAUCCCAGGGCGCGAGUCAACUACUGGGCCUUACGAUUGCGAGCUCCAUGUUUCAGAACAUCACAUUCUCAAAGUUGAAGGCUCUCCUUGCCGGCACUGAAUAUACCGAUAAGGAAAUCCAAGCCGCCAUUGCGGGCGCUCGAAGCACCGUACUCCAAAACGCGACUCCGGAACUCCGAGCGAAGUGCAUCGAUGCUAUAGUGCAAAGUAUUGGCAACGCAUGGGUGCUGGUAAUUACUGCAGGGGCUCUAUGGACAGUGUGUUCGUGCUUCUUAAGCCGUAAACGGUUUUUGUGA